CCAUCACUCCUUCUGCUUCUUCCUUUACUUGCGAAAUUCAGAGAUCAGAUAAUUCUUCUGGAAUCAUCUCUCUCCUUGAUCGACAAUGGACCAGAAACCGGCGAUCGAUCCUUCAAACAAUGAGAAAGCCAUAAUGAAUGGCUCCCACUCUCCGACUUUUCUCUUCCACAACAACGGAUUCGAUUCGGGGUACAACUUAUCGGACAUAGAAAUGGUAACGAUUCAAACGAAGACGUACACGAGUCUCAAGGACAUAUUUCCCGCUUCGACUCCGGCAAUCACUUCGGCGACGGGGCUCAACUCGAGCUGGCACGAGAUACCGAUCAAGAAUCCGCUUCUGAAGCACGCGGCUUGGGCUUAUCUGCAGCCGAUGUCGACUCCGACGGAGAUAGAGGAGAGAGGGUUUUGGGGGAAACUGAAGGAGAGGUGUUGUGGUGAAUGGGGGUGUGUGGGAUGGUUAAAAGACGUCGUUUUGAAGGUGUUUUGGUGAAGAGGAGUGAUUGAAGAAGAAGACGACCACCACCGCGAAAAGGUCUACUGAGGGAUAGGAUAGAAGACUGCUAUCGGUGGGCGUCUGUAGAAUUUCCGGGAUUUUUUUUGGAAUAUUCCGGCUUGACUGUUAGUUAAGUAAAGUGGCACAGCUUGUAAUAUUUCAAAUUAGUCUUUUUAUUUAAAAAAAUAGUAUAUAUUUUUAUACUUCUAUGUAAUGUUGCAAGCAGUUUAUCAUAU